GAAAACCAGUUUAUGGUAAUCACCGGGGAAAUGAAACCAACACUGAGAAAUACUGGGAAGCUGAUGGACAUUUUUGAAGAUGCCUUGGACACCAUCUCUGCGCCUUUUCGCACAGAUAUGGCAACAAGCAGACCUCAGUUGGCGUCACUGGAUGCAAAACAGGCCUCCGGACAGCACCGACCAUCCAAAGCGAGCAGGUCAUCAUCAACCAAGAUGGAUCUCAAGCAUGGCCUGGAAGAAUGUGAAGUGGCACUGAAAUUAUUUCUGAAUAACAAAUUUAAAGAUGCCUUAGAAUUGCUUCAACCAUGGGCUAAGGACAGCAUGUACCAUGCCUUGGGCUACAGUACCAUUGUGGUAUUGCAGGCCAUCAUGACCUUCGAGCAACAGGACAUCCAAAAUGGCAUUUCCGCCAUGAGGGACGCCUUGCAAACCUGCCAAAAAUAUAGGAAAAAAAGCACGGUUGUAGAAUCUUUCUCAAGUCUUCUUUCUAGAGGAUCAUUGGAACAGAUGACUGAAGAGGAAAUGCAUGCCGAAAUCUGUUAUGCCGAGUGUCUCCUACAGAAAGCAGCACUCACCUUUGUGCAGGAUGAAAAUAUGAUCAACUUCAUCAAAGGUGGACUCAAAAUUAGGACGAGUUACCAUAUAUAUAAAGAAUGUCUUUCUAUCCUGCAUAUACUUCAGAAGAACAAAGUUGAGCAACAGUUCUUCCAUGAGUUUGAAGGGGGUGUCAAACUUGGAAUAGGGGCCUUUAAUUUGAUGCUGUCCCUCUUACCAGCACGGAUUAUCAGACUACUAGAAUUCAUAGGAUUUUCUGGAAAUAGGGAGCUGGAGCAGCUGCGGAAGCUCUUUAUCAGAGGUUUGAGCUUUGAAACAACCGAUGAGACUCUGAGGAGCCAUUUUGAGCAAUGGGGAACGCUCACGGACUGUGUGGUGAUGAGAGAUCCAAACACCAAGCGCUCCAGAGGCUUUGGGCCUUUGCUGCGUGUUAAUGAACUGUGGAGAAUUGAUUAUCAGGGUCUGCCGUGUUUCCUGGAGACUGAGGCUUUUCCUGUUACAUUUGCAGGGACAGGAGAGGUGAACCUUGUGGAAGCAGAGAACCUCCUGGCACCUUUCCUGAAGCAGUUUCCAAAUGGCUCAUUUAUGCUGUUCUAUCAUGCCCGAAUAGAGCUGUUGAAAGGGAAUGUAGAAGAGGCACAAGAGAUAUUUCGAAAAUGCAUUUCAGUUCAAGAAGAAUGGAAACAGUUUCACCAUCUCUGUUAUUGGGAGCUGAUGUGGAUUAAUAUAUUCCAGCAAAACUGGAUGAAGGCGUAUUACUAUUCAGACCUGCUUUGCAAAGAGAGUAAAUGGUCCAAGGCAACGUAUGUGUACUUGAAAGCUUCGAUUUUGAGUAUGCUUCCUGAGGAGGAAGUAGAAGCAACUAAAGAGAAUGUGGUAGCUUUAUUCAGACAGGUGGACAGCUUGAAGCAGAGAAUUGCCGGGAAGUCCAUCCCUACAGAGAAGUUUGCAGUGAGGAAGUCUCGCCGUUACUCCGCCUCGUUGCCUGCACCUGUGAAGCUCGUCUUGCCUGCCCUGGAAAUGAUGUACAUCUGGAAUGGUUUUCCAAUAGUGAGCAAAAGAGAAGACCUCUCCGAAAAUCUGUUGUUAACUAUUGAGAAGGCUGAGACAACUUUACAAAAUCAAAACUGCAGCGACUACCUGGUGGACGACGAGUGCCUGCUGAAGCUGCUGAAGGGGUGCUGCCUGAAGAACUUACAGCGGCCCCUGCAGGCGGAACUGUGCUUCUCUCAUGUCAUCCAGAGUGAAAACCUGCUGAAGUUUGACCACUACCUGGUGCCAUUUACUCUGUUUGAGUUGGCGUUUUUGCACAAAAGCCAAGGGGACAUUGACAAGGCCUUUAAGGUCCUGGAAACUGCAAGAAACAACUACAAAGAUUACUCCAUGGAGUCUAGACUGCACUUCAGAAUUCAGGCAGCUCUUCAGCUCUGGAGAAAGCCUUCCUCACACUGAUCAGAGCCUGGAGGAUGGAUGAUCGCCCCUCCGUUAACCCACAUCUGCUAUAGAUUAGCCCUUGUAUUAAAGUGGAAAAGUGAUCUUGUGAAUGAGAGAAAAAAAUAAUUUUAUUGUCAAUAUUUUCUAUCAUGCGUGUGGUUUACUGUUGUUCUACAUGAAUGUCCCCCCCCCCCCCCCAUGGAAUAAUGUUCAGUACUAUCUAGAAAAUUCUUAUAUUUUGCCUCUUCAAAAAGAAUUUCAUAUUAGAUUUCAAUUGGAGAGGGGAAGUCUUUUAAAGGACUCACAGGUACAAUAAAGCCUAAUCAGAUUAUUUAUUUUUUUUUAAUAUGGAAAUUAAUAUUGUUUAAGUAGCAAAUGGCUUACAAGUUGAGCCAUUUUUAGAUUUGUUGGUCAGUUAAACUUCAGAGUUAUUUUGUUGCCUAGAAUUUAAAUUUCAGAGGGGAAAUAAAAUCACUUACAUUCGAAAUAGCUUAGUAACCUCCUGAAGAAUCCUGAAAAAGACAGGCAGUGGUGUGAACAGGGAUGGAAUCAUGUAGUUAAAAGGUUGAAAAGACCUGUAUCUAGCAGAGAUGGUGAAAUAUUGUUAGUGUUUUUUUUUUAUUCAUCAUGUAAAUUAAAUGUGGUGGCAUUUUUGAGAGACUAUCCUGUUUUUGAAUGUACUUAAGUCUAUUAUAAAUAACAAAAAUUUAAAAAAUGUGUAUCUAAAGGGAAGAAAAAGUUAUAUUUUAGACAAUAUCCUUAGCAAUGAUAGCCUGAAAUAUAUAUAUACAUUGAUUAUUUUUCUUAUAUGAAGCAAAGUUCCUGCUGCUUUAAAUGAUAUGUAAAAUAUUAAUAAUUUUUACAUUCAUGACGUUGGUGAGUAAGAUCUAAUUUUCUAAUCUCUCUAGCACUGUGACGGUUCCUUGUAAAUAUCUGGACUGUGUUUAGUCCUUUCAUUUUGGAAAUGCAGUCGGGACAUUGAGUGGGAGAGAGUCCGACUCCAUGCGGUCCUGGCUCUGCUACUGGUUAGCAGUUACCAGAGUGACCUUGAUGGAGCCCCCGCUCUCUGUAAAAUGGAAAAAGAACAGAGAUGAUUAUCAAGGUCUCCUUCAGUUUUAGAACUUGUCAGUAUUUUAGGUAUUUAUUUUCAGCAAACAAUGUUAAAAUGUUUAAUCCGAGUCACUCCCACGUAGAGUAUGUUUUUAUUUUGCAGUCAUCAACCCCCAACCCCCAAAUAUGUAUGUUUUGUGAAUAGGGACCAGUUUGUAUUCUGAGCGAGGAAAACAAUUUGGGAAUCCAUGAGUCAGGGUUUUGUCCUAUUUCUGCCUCUGUUUUGAAGACUAACUUGUCAUGGAAGCCUAUGCAGUUUAACAGAAACCGCCUAAGAUUGGGAGCCAGGAGCUCAUCUCUAUUAGUUGGUAGUUCCUCACCCUGCAGCAAGCCAUUCACCUCUUCUGGGACUCAGUUUCCCUAAUGGGGAUAGCCUCACAGAGCGUGGUGCUUGUGAGGGCUCAGUCAGAUAAUGCAGAGUCAUAUGCGUGGCUUUGUGUGAACUGUGAAAGGCCAUAUGAACAUGAGUUGUAAUGAUCAUGGUUUUUAUGCACCAAUUAUAGUAUCGGUACAGAGGUAUUGGCUGAGUCUGUGUUCUCUGAUGUAAAAGGAGAAAAGCAUGGAAAUUCUAUCACCUUUCAAUGUAUUCAUGUAUCUGACACUGACAGUGGCCCAGAUUGCAAAUUUAUUUCUUGCUACUUAUUCCCUGUGACAUGAGCCUGUCCUCGCAGGUGUUUACCUUGUUUUCUUUAAGGUAUUUGUCCAAUACUGAGGAUGUAUGUCCAGCGGAAGAUGUUAAUACAGUUCGAGUCAGAUGGUAUGGUGGAAGAUCUGAAUAUGUGCUAUUAAAUGCAUUAUGUAACUUACUGCAGGUCCAGACAAAAGAGGAAAUAAAAUAAACUGUCAUUACAACUA